AUGAUCAGAAUUGCAACUUCUAGAUCAACCUUGAAAGGUGUUAGAUGUUUUUCUACGGUAUCAUUGAGGUUGAACGCCAAAGAGGUUGGUAAACCUCCACGCUUACCUGAAGUUAAGACCGAGCCAUUAGUGCCAACUCCCCCUAGCAUCACUCCAAUUGAAACUAAAGUUGUUCCACCACCACCACCACCACCAAAGGUGAAAAAGACAAAGAGGUUUUCCUUAUUUGGAUUCCUUUUCAAGACAUCACUAUUAGCCGUAAUUGUCUACGGAGGAACAAUGUACCUUGCUACUAAGAACGACGAUGUGAUGGACUUUGUUGUCGAUCAUGAAAUCCCAUAUCAUGAAGAGGCAAUUGACUUUAUUGAGAAUGGUUCAUAUGAUGAUUUGAAAGAGCUCUGGUACACCAUUAAAGGGAAAUUUACUGACGUCAAGUUACCAUCAAAGGGUGAUAUAGAGCAAUUUACAAGCGACUUGGAGCACAAGGGUGAAGACUUUAUCAAGGAAACAAGAAAGAAAAUCACUGGAUCAGUUGACGAGAGGAAAGGAACAGAUUUGACCCCUGUUGAACAAUUACAAAAACCCGUUGAGGUGGAGAGUAUCACAAGGGAUGUCGCAAGAUUACCCUUGAUCGAGCUUAAAUCCGAUGUCGACAGUUCAGUUGAUAAUUCUGUCAAGCAAACCAUCUCGUCGUUAAAUGAUUUGAUCCAGUCAAUUGAUGCCAGCUCGUUGUCUAAAACAAACUCAGGUCUCGUCAAAUUAAUUGACUCGAACAUUAACCAAUUGGCAAACAAGCUAAAUGUUUUGACCAAGGAAUUUGACAAUGAAUUGCAAAACAAGUUGAAGGUCUCUCAAACGGAGCUCCUCUCAUCUUUCACAAAAAAGGAAUUAGAAUUGACAGAGAACUUAAUCUACCAAUUCAACCAAGAAAAGACCCAAUUGGAGAAGAGGUUGAACCAGAGGUUGGAACAUGAGAUCAAUGCAGCUAGGGAAGCGAUUAGUCAAGCAGCUAACAAUGCUGUAUCUAUGGUGAGAAUCGAGCAAACCAAAAACUUUGAAGCGUUGGUCACUGAAAGAAUCAACGAAGAGAGAGAGGGUAGAUUGGCAAACUUGGAGAAAUUGAAUGACAAGAUCAAUGAAUUGGAAAAAUUCGCCGAAAGUUUUGAACGUCAAAUUGCCAAUAAUCAUAAAAGGAACUUGAUUCAACAAUCAGUUAACAAAUUGAAGUUGUUGUUGUUGACUCCACCUGAAGCAUCUGAUAAGCCAAAGAGUAUUGAACCAUAUGUCAAGGCAUUGAAAGAGGUAUCAACCGAUGAUGAAGUCUUAAACUUGGCUCUCAAGGACUUGGACAUACUACUUGCAAAGGAAUCUACCCACUCCUUAUUGACGAAUGCUCAAUUAUUAACACGUUGGGAACAGUUAGAGCCAGACUUAAGAUCUAGUUCGUUGUUGCCGCCAAACGCGGGUUUGUUGGGUCAUUUAUCAUCAGUGAUCUUUUCAAAGCUUUUAUUGCCAGUUAAAGGCGUAAAGGAAGAUGGUAAAGACAUUGAAUCCGUCAUUGGAAGGGUUGAAUCAAGUUUGGCUAGGGGACAAUUGGAUAUAGCAGUGGAGGAGGCUACCAACUUGAAAGGAUGGAGUAGAAAGUUGGCAAACGAUUGGGUUUUGCAAGCACGUAAAAGACUUGAAGUUGAGUUUUUGCUUAAUUUGAUUGAAACUGAAUCGAGACUUUUGUAA